CAUUCACCAUCAUGCCUGCUUUCCAGCCCCUACAAAGCAGCGGAAAACGGAAAAUCGACGAACCAGAAUCUCAAAGUCGCAAGCGUCCAGCAUUGAUUACAGGAUCUGCUGGCAGUUCUGAAUACUGGAUGGUUCAAUGGAGAAACCAUCAGACAAAGAAACAUAAGACAUGGGAAGGGGAUGGUGUUCUCGUUGUCGAAGGAUCACAAGCCACUCUGUUUGAUACAGAUGGAAAACCGAUGGGGCAGGCCGCACGUCCAGCUUCACUCUAUGAAGGUCUAGAAAUAGGCGUCGGUGGGAAGGAUAUUGGUUUGGAAUGUCGCACAAGUCGAGCAGAAUACCUCUCCGGCACAUGUUUCGGUCAAGCGGCUGCUGUUUCUGCCCCACUUGUGACUUCUGUUGGUCCGUCAAAGGCUUUUGCGCCCCUCAAGCUAUCGACGCUGCCGCAGCCGAAGCCCAUCUCAAUGGAGAGAAAAAGUGUACCUUUGGAACAAGUCGAUCUCCUGUCGGCGCCAUGCAAAUCCCCAACAAAGGAAAAUAUCAUAAGUCUGGAGAGUCACUGGAUCGCAAAUUGGAGAAAUGUGGGCAACAAGAAGAGCUCGGGGGGUGACGCCUUCGUCUCCCAUACCGGAAAAAUAGUCACGCUCACUUCAGAUACAGGGAAAAGACUUUCUACUUUGGCGUGGAAAGGUACCUCAUUACAAAGCGGGCAAACGCUCUACUUUGGCGGCAAGGAGGUGCAACUGUUUAAUCAAGUUUCUCUUUCCGACUUGCCCAAUCAGUCUGGGGAUGUCGAUGUUCCCACAAAUCAGAAAUCCCCUGCCCUUUUCGGAGCGAGCGAUAGCGUUAAAAAGUUUGUCACUCCUCUGUCGGCGGGCGGUGUUUCCCCGGCAACCUUUUACGGAUCUGUCAAGAAGCCCGCCAAGCCACUACACGAUCCUAAUGCAGGAGGCGCGAUUGUCAUGAAGGCUCCGACCAAAGAGCACACACAAAAAUACAACAAGAAGAAUGGCGCUAUCUUACCCGUCGUGCUUGAUCCUGUCAUCGCCAGCAAAUUGCGACCACAUCAAAUUGAAGGCGUAAAAUUUAUGUAUGAGUGUGUAAUGGGUCUCCGUAAACACGAAGGUAGAGGGUGCAUACUUGCAGAUGAAAUGGGUCUGGGCAAGACCUUGCAGACAAUCAGUCUGGUUUGGAUGCUGUUAAGACAGAACCCCUACUCCGGCAUGGGCCCUGUGGUCGAGAAGGUUCUGAUCGUCUGCCCCGUUUCAUUAAUCAACAACUGGAAAGCUGAAUUCCACAAAUGGUUGGGGAGAGAUAGAGUGGGGGUGACCGUUUGCGACAAGGAGAAGAAUGCGGUCCCUGUGUUCAUCAACUCUAAACCUCAGAAAGUAUUAAUAAUCGGGUAUGAGAGACUUCGUACCGUAAUAAAAACCUUGUCCGCUUGCGUACCCCCGAUCGGGUUAAUCAUAUGCGACGAAGGACACCGGCUAAAAUCUGCUAACAGCAAGACUACUGCAAUGUUUGAUGCUUUAAGGACGCCCAGACGAAUAAUCCUCUCAGGUACUCCGAUUCAGAAUGACUUGGGCGAAUUUCAUGCAAUGGCCGACUUUUGUAACCCCGGAUUACUCGAUGAAUAUAGCGCGUUCCGUCGCAUCUACGAGGCGCCUAUUCUCAAGAGUCGUGCACCAGACUGUACGUCAAAGGACACAGAAAUUGGAGAAGCGCGUCUGGCACAGCUGAUGUCGGUCGCAAAGAGCUUUGUGUUACGGAGAGAAGCCAAAAUUCUUGGUAACUAUUUACCGCCAAAACAUGAAUACGUUGUUUUUAUCACGCCUACGGCUCUUCAGGUGUCUAUAUUCUCGAAACUCCUACAACCCGACAAAUUGGAUGAUCUUGUACAAGGAUCUACAGCCGAGUCACUCGCCCUCAUGAACCUACUAACCAAAGUCAGCAAUAGUCCUAUCCUCCUUAAGGCCACUGCCGACAAAGAAAGUGCUGGUGGUGAUCAAGACAACACUGUACGAAAACAGAGCGUAAGAGAAACGCUUUGCUGUAUUCCUGAGAGGGCACAGCUCGACGAUAUGUCCUUAAGUGGAAAGCUACUGGCUUUGUCUCGUCUUCUGGAGCAUAUCAAAGACACUACCGAGGAGAAAUGUGUUCUGGUUUCUCACUAUACGUCCACUCUUAAUAUUCUCGAAGCAUAUUGUAAGAAGAUGCAUUAUAGCUAUUAUCGACUCGACGGGCAAACCCCGACGGCCAAACGUCAAGAAUACGUUAACGUAUUCAACAAGACAAGCCAGACCAGCAGUUUCAUUUUCUUGUUGAGUUCGAAGGCAGGAGGUGUCGGAAUUAAUCUUAUUGGUGGGUCAAGACUAUGUUUAAUCGACUCAGACUGGAAUCCAAGUCAUGACCUGCAGUCAAUGGCAAGAUGCCACCGGGAUGGCCAGAAGAGGCCCGUCUACAUUUACAGAUUCUUGACCGCGGGUACCAUUGACGAGAAGAUAUAUCAGCGCCAAGUUACGAAACUGGGUUUAAGUAACUCUCUCAUGGGAUCUGCCUCCGGUUCCUCCAAAAGCGACUCGUUUACCCGAAAAGACCUUCGCGACAUCUUCCGAAUCCACCCAGACACGCUCUGCAACACACACGAACUCCUCGAAUGCCCUUGCGACGAUCAGCCCACAGCCGCUUUUUCCCAACCCGAACCCAUCUCAGACUUAGAUGACAAAGAUUCCGACUCCGACUCGCAUAAAGGUUUCAGGGUAGCAUCCCAGGUUAGUGUGAGCAAGCUGAACAAGAUGGAUAAAGCUUACGCACAGAAGAAGAGAGAGGGCUUGGCAGCUCUGAGCGAAUGGAAACACAUUAGCUGCAUAGGCAGCGAUAACCAUAAAGAUAUUCAAGACGACAUCCUCCGAGAGAUAAUGUACGUCCCUGAACUCAAGCAGAAGGACUCGUCGCAGACACAGACAGAAGGUCUGAUAGCCCAAUUGGAUACAGUUGGGAAGAAUGGCAUACACGGGGUUCCUGGUGGUACGAUCUCGUUCCUCUUCCAAAAGACUACAGAGGGAGCUGGCUCGGAGGAUCCGAGCUCCGCACUCUGAUUUGCUGCAGAAUGCUCUGAAGACUGGAGGACAUUUCUUUAAUCGUAAUUGUAUGAUACAGGCACAUUUCAGCACUGGUGCUUCACUGUAUAAAGUAACGAUACCGUUAAUUGAUAUAUCUGUAUCUCCC